UAGGGGACAGCUCUGGUGAGACACACCGGACUUGAAUGAUAAGGAACUGUAGCUGCCUUCCAACAAUGUUAAAACCGUUCUUUUUUAUACAGUCUAUAACAAAGUAACGUAUUAUCUCUCAUGUGUAUUUGUGAUAGAUCGAGGCAAACUAUUGGCUACUUAUAAAGACUCAAACUUCGGUAUUUGUACCCUAGUGAUUCACGGACCGGAUAACUAGCGGUUACUGUGCGGGACAGUGGCGAUUCAGAGAGGAACCAAGAUAUCAAUGAGAGUCAUCACAACUGCAGUGGAGGCCAUGCUCGCCAACUAACUCAUGAAGACAAUGAUCCUGUCUGCAAUGCUAACAUUCCUGGUGCAUAUCCUCAUCAUCCACCAUGGUGUUAUGUCUGUGGAGCCUAUGCAAGAAUCCCCCCAUGGAGAUGUUCUAGAUCUCCCCUGGCAGACAGAGCUCUGCUGUGCCUCACCCCCAGCCCAGCUUCAUCAUGGGGGAGAGGAUGAGGGGUCGGCGGGGUCCAGGAGGGCACCAUCUGAUCCGGGACACCCACACACACCUCAGUGCCUCUUUAGGAACUCCACAAGCACACUAAUACCUCCCCAGGAGACAAAUCCCAGUGGAGCCACCUGUUGGGACAUCCUGUGUCGUGUCGAUGAGACUUGGGAAAAUGUCAUAUGUGAUCUAAAGCACCGCGCCACUUCUUCAGACACCUCCACUCCUGGGUUGGUGACAAUUUGCUUGCAGCGCUUGGUAUCACAGCCUGACAGUGAGGUAAACACCACGCAUGGGACUGACAGCACGGACUGUGUGGGAAAGGAUUCCGUCACCUGUUCUAUCGUCAUCCUCGCGGUCAGCAGUAUGGUCGUUGUAACAGCCAACGUGUCAAACACCACAGCAGGUCCCCUGAUAGUUCUCAUCGUCCCUCCACGUCUCGGUAAACCAAGCCCACCAGUGAACCUAACACACACCCAGAACGCAGAGGGAGAGCUAGUUCUGAGCUGGAGCAACCCACAGGCCCAUGCCAGCCCUGCACUGAGCUAUGAGGUCCGAUACAUUACCUCCCACAACACCUCUAACCCCAACUGGAAGCAUGUGGAGGUGACUGGAGACCAGUGGGUGUCUCUGACUGGAUUGAGGGCAGGUCUGCACUACAUUGUACAGAUCCACUCUCACCACCCUGCUCUGCCCCACCUGUGGAGUGACUGGAGCCAGCCACACCACAUCUACUUGGAAGAUGUGACAUAUCUCCCUGAGAGAGUGGCGGCCAGCCUUGGAGACAGUGUGACUGUGCACUGCGUGUUCAACGACCGCAGGGUGAACGCCAGCACGGCAGUCUGGUUUAUGAACCUUGACCGCCUUCCACAGAGCCAGUACACUGCUGUCAACGACCGUGUCAGUAAGAUAACGGUUCAACCGUCUGAGCAGAAACUGUACGACAUCCUGCGUUGCUGCCAGCCUUCAGGGGAGAAGUAUAGCUGUAACUACCGCUACGCAACAAUAUACAUUAAAGAUCCGGUCAUAGAUAUCAGCUGUGUAACCAAUGGGGAUCUGGACAGCAUGACCUGUAGGUGGAAAAACUUCCAAACUAAAAUCAACUUCCUGUCCAGGGUGGCCGACCUAUCCUGCGAUGUCAUGGAGGAGGCGGAGGCAGAGGAGGAGGUGGGCGGGGCAGUGGGUGUGGUCAGGCAGGCGGUGUGUGCAUCCAGCAGAUCUAGAGAAGUGAAGAGCUGCACUCUGCAGCCAAUCAGAGUGACUUCAUGCUACAAGCUAUGGAUGGAGGCCAAGACAGACAAUGGCACGAGGUCACAUCCUGUCUACAUCACACCUAUGGACCACGUGAAGCCCCACCCUCCCUCGGGCCUUGAGGCAGUGAGCAUGCCAAGUGGGGUCCUGAGGCUGGCGUGGGUGCCCCCAGAACUGCCCCUCUACGAUAUGCAGUACCAGGUUCGCUAUGCCCUCUCCACUGGCAAGGCCCAUCCAUUCUGGCAGGUCCUGGCUUCUCAGGCAGAGUCGUGGGCUGAGGUCCCUGAACCAGAUGUAUGUACGGUGUACAACGUGCAGGUCCGCUGUAUGCAUAUCAACAGGUCUGGGACCUGGAGUGACUGGAGCCACACUCUAUACACCACCCCUCACAACAGCAGAGCUCCUGACCAGGGUCCUGAUUUCUGGCGAGUGUUUCAGGAGGAUCCAGCAAGGAACCAGACUAACGUCACUCUUCUCUUCAAGCAUUUCCCCAUAGUGGAGCCAAGCUACUGUGUGGAGGGCCUUGUAGUACAGCACCAGGCCUCUGGGGGCAUUGUGACUGAGGAGCGGAUAGGCCUGGUGUCCUCCUACCGCUUUGAGUGGCGAGAGGAGGUCCACUUUGUGACGGUCAAGGCUCAGAACAGCCAGGGAUACUCCACUAGGAACAUCAACAUGACCCUGGAGAGACACCCAAAACGCCAGUGUGUGCGUUCGUUCUGUGUGUCCCGUGUGAACAGUAGUUGUGUGGUCCUGUCGUGGUCGCUGCAGCACAACAGCAGUGUACCGUGUUCCCUGGUCGUAGAGUGGUCGGGUGAGAACCACCAGAACACACAGGGUCAGACCACAGUGGGCAGGGAGAGGUGGACCAGGGUCCCCCCUACUGACCAAGUCUUCUACCUACAUGGUGAUUUCUAUGGCUCUGAGGAGUAUGUGUUCAUCUUGUAUCCAGUGUUUACAGAUGGAGAAGGAGAGCCAGUGUAUACUAAAGCCUUUAGGGGGGCCAACGCUGGGCCUGCUGCCUACAUGCUGAUGAUGAUCAUCGCUUUCCUUGCCAUUGUCCUCUUCGUCACCCUGGUCAUAUCCCGAAACCACAUGAAGAAGUUCAUGUGGAAGGAUGUUCCCAACCCAAGCAACUGUUCCUGGGCCCAGGGGGUGGACUUCAGGAAGGCUGAGACUAUGGAGCAGUUGUUCCGCCAACCAGAGGGCCUCCCAGCCUGGCCACCACUCCUCAUCUCAGAGACUAUCUCCCAGGCCACCAUCGUAGAGAAGACUUGUCACCCAGCCCCAGACAAGGACAGCAUCCUGAUCCCAGCCUCCACCCCAUCCCUCUUGGACUUAGAGGUGCCUGAGGUCCCAGAGGAGGAGGAGGAGACCCCCCAGCCCCCAGAUCUCCCCAGGAGUGUGGAGAGCUCAUCCCAGUCGACAGUGACCUAUGCUAUGGUCCUGCUCUCAGAUGACCCCUGCCGGCGCUACAAGCAGAGCGGCAGCCUCAGCCGCUCCAGCGACGAGGGCAACUUCUCCGCCAACAACUCUGACAUUUCCGGCUCCUUCCCCGGAGGCCUGUGGGAGCUGGAGAAUUCCCAUUCCCGAGCCGGAGAGUCGGACCUGGACCCACAGUGUUCAGGCUCUUACAAUUAUGCGGAGGAGUUUUCUGAGACGUCGGAACAGGAGGAUGAGGCCCUGGGAGGAGAGAGGGAUGGGGGGAUAGAGGAGAAGGACCUGUAUUACCUGGGAAUGGGCUACCAGGAGGAGAGUGAGGAAGAGGAGGAGGAGGAGAAGAGGGAGGAAAACACAGAGGCUAUGCUGCUCAAAGAGGCGGUGGUUCUGCGGAGAGAGUGCUCAUCCAUUGAGUCCAACCCUCUACUUGGGUGUCGGGACUCUAUGUUUAGUGAGUCCAGUGACAAGGCGGCGGUGGUAGGGAUAGGGAUGAUUUCUGUUCCCCUCUACCUUCCCCAGUUCAGAACUGCUCCCUCCAGGCCACUCAAAGCACAGGGCAGCACCCCCAAGCUGUAAGACCUGGUAGUGCCUAAUGUGUUGUUUUACUCUAAUGCUGCUGUUUAGUCCCUCCGGAGGGACAGCACUCAGGAGAGACAUAGAUAAUAUUCCGUGGCCGGUGUUCAGCCACUGAACCUUGGCUGUGUCUUAGAUGACACCCUAUUCCCUAUAUUGUAUAGUGCACUUAGAUCCCUAUGGGCCCUGGGCAAAAGUAGUGCACUUGUAUCAUAAAUUUAGAAGACAGGGACAAGGUGUCCGAGGGGGCUAGGCUUACUAGGUGCUAAGCCUCUGCCCACAUCAUAAGGAAUAGGGUGCCAUUUCAUAAGCAUGCUCCCUCCCUGUCUACAGUGGCACACUGCUACUCUGCACCUUCAGUCUACAGAAGGCCAGCUCUAUCAUGUAUCAGAGCUGAGGAGAGGAGACUCCUUUAUCCAGUGCUGCACACUUUCAGGAACUAUUAUAUGCUGUGAUGAAGGGAACGUCAUUACAAAACGAGAGAAAGGGAAUGGCUGCUCUGAGCGCAACACAAGCACGUGAUAGGAUCUUGUCUCAAAGCAGCACUGGAUAGUUUGACUGGUGGCACACAAAUGAUGAUCAUCAUUGAUGCUGGUGAACUUGGAUGCUUUUGGAACAUUUCCCGUAACCGUUGUGGAGAAUUGCCGGUUCAGAUCGGCACUCUGACUGAAAACCUCGCUUUUCUUCGUUGUUUGCACUGUAUUUGAAACUGUGUUACGAUGUUGUAAAAAAAAAUGUGCCAUCUAUUUUCAUUGCGUGCCAUUUGCUAUUGAAAAAGCUAUUGCUAGGUAUACAUUUGAUGUAAGAAUGUACAUUUUGAAUACAAUGAAGACUAUCCCUUGCUGUAGAAGGCAGAAUGAUAUUUAAUGUGUGUCGCGGUCCCUCGUCUAUUUUUCGUGGUCAAAAGUAAAUAUGUAUGGCCGCGACUUUCGACUUCUUGAGAACGGGUGAACAAGUUGAAGGUUGUCCGCGCUGAGAAAUAUAAAAUACAAAAAGCAUUUUCUCUUCCACCGUUACCAAGGCUAUCGGUCACUCAGAGAGCAGAGGAGGUAAAAAACAGGUUAGGGUUGCAGACGGACAGUCCUAGGAGAUCCAGGAGCCAUUAUAUUUGGUUGUAUAUUGACUUAGUCACCUGUGGAAUGUCACCCUAAAUGUCACAUUAUUUCCUACACCGCGCACUAGUUUUGUAGUUCAAUAUGUAGGGAAUAGGGUGCCAUUUGGGAUGCAUAAUGUGCUCCCUUUUUCCGGAGUCUGCCAGGUCCCAGAGGGUUGUGAGGACACUAAAUCUCUGUUGACACCUUCACACCUUAUUAUCUCUAUCAUUCCCUCAUCACCUUAUUAUCUCUAUCAUUCCCUCACCACCUUAUUAUCUCUAUCAUUCCCUCACUACCUUAUUAUCUCUAUCAUUCCCACCUUUUUAUAACCGGGGAAGCGGCCAUGUUGUCGCCAUGUUGUCAUUGGGUUCUACUAGCUAGGGCUCUGUUUGAGGGAUGAUGGAAACAUUUCAGAUUACUAUCUCAAUACCACUUGCCUUGGAUCAGGUAUUCCCAAGGUACGCGCAAUGCCAUCGGGGGGUACGCCAAAUUAAAAUGUGAUUCACAUGCAGACAUUUAGAAACGAAACAUGACAAUUUGAAAAAUAAGCCACAGGAGAUUUUGGAGCGAGAAUAAAGACGACUUUCGAGUAGUAAGACGUGUAUAAAAGGAACAGAUACCAUUAAUAAGAAGGGGCUAGAAGAGUCUUAUAUGGUGAGCUACCGAGUGGCUAGAACAGGCAAGCCCCAUACUAUUGUGGUGGACUUAAUUCUUCCUGCUGCUGCGGAUAUGGUUGUGACAAUGCUGGGGGGAAAGGCCCCCCAAAAUAUACAGACAAUGUCUUCAUCAAACAACACUGUUUUACGACGCAUCAGUGACAUGGCAGGAGAUGUUUUUAAAUAAUUACUGCUUCGUAUACAAGCCAGUGAAUUAUAUGCCUUACAGCUGGAUGAGUCAACAGACUUGGCAGGCCUGGCAUAGCUUUCUGGCAUAUGUCCAUUACCUUUAUGGGGGAGUCAAUUAAGGAAGACGUCCUCUUCUGCAAACCACUGGAAACCAGGACAACAGGAGAGGAUCUUGUUAAAGUACUGGGCAUCAAAUGGACUUUGGUGGUCAAGAUGUGUUGGUAUCUGUACUGUUGGUGCAAAAGCCAUGACAGGGAGACAUAGUGGAGUGGUAAUGCGUGUGCAAGCAGUUGCUCCCAACGCCACUUGGGUAACACUGCAGAAACCACCGAGAGGCUCUUGCUGCCAAGGGAAUGCCUGACAGCUUGAAAGAUGUUUUGGACACUACAGUGAAAAUGGUUAACUUUGUUAAAGCAAGGC